AUGGCCGAGGGGACGAUUCCGGCCCUCACAUGUCUCAGACGGCCUCUGCAUCGGAUAUCACGCGAUGUGCCCACAAGAUCACUGACAAGAGAUCAAAGCUAUGACAUCUGGAGCUGGGCUAGCAUCACGAUGGUGGUCAAAGAACAAGCCCGUGCCCAUCUGCCACCUGCUCGCUCCCAGCCUAUCGUGGUCCCCUCCCCCACAAAUGUUCGAUGUGUUGUCGACACGAACCCUCCAGAAUGCCAACUUCGCUUGUGCGGCCCUCUAGCCUGGCCUGACGCUGCCAGGGUUCUUGGUGGCACUAAAAUCUAUCGCGUGUAUUUUGGGCUAGGUUCUUCAGGGUCCAUGUUGAAAUGGACCGGCCCGGCGGCUAUUGCGGCUUUGCGACUUGAAGCGGACCUCCGAAGAGUGGGCGAUGGAUGA